GUGAUAUCACGGGAGGAGGGCAGGGCACUGGAGGUGCGAAUACCCGGGGAAGGUGGAUGCUCCUUCUGGCUCCUCACGCUCCUUCUGAUUGUGGUCGCAAUACCAGUCAUAAUCGCUUUACCCAUCGCAAUCUGCAUCGUCCCCUGCGUCAUCGGUGCUCGCUUCCGAGCCGCAGCUCGCUCCGAAUCCAUUCUGCUGUCGCCGCACCUCUUCAGCAUCACCAUCAAGCUCCCAGACAAGGUCACAGAGCAGCGCAGCAGCACGUCACGGCUGCAAGCCAUAGUGGUGCAGGACUUGAACUCCCCACCGCCGCUGCCGUCCCUACCAAUGCACGGGGCAGGGUAUCGACCAGUGGCCAAGCCGCCAAAUCUGGUGUGUGUGUUUGUGGAGCAGCAGCAGGAUUACCGAUUUGGAACGACCCUGAGUGACGCGGAGAAGUACUGGGUGGUGGGGGAGCUGUCUCACCACCUGCACUGCAUGCGCUUCCAACCGGCACAUGAUCAUGUGUAA